AUGCGUCUCGUCACCUUCGUCACCGUCUUUGCCGCCUCGACCGCAGCGGCCCCGGUCAACUUGGCCGUGCCCAUCAUGGACGCCAACGACCACCAGGGCACGGUGAGGCGGAGGAACAGCGUGCCGGACCCCGCCGACGUCCUGGACCACUCGGCGGCGGCGGCGGCGGUCGUCCAGCGCAGAUCGCCCCAGCCUGUGCCCGGCUUGUUUAGUUUUGGUACCGUGUCCAAGCUGUUCAAGACCGUCGCCGGCUUUGUCAAGGGUGGUGGCAAGAAGGGCGGCGGCGGCGGCGGCUCCCGCACCUCGGGCAGUUCCAACGCCGGCAGCGCGGCAUCUCAGAACAGCGGCGGCGGCUCCUUCUCCGGUCUUCAGAACAAGAACACGCAGUACUCGGGACAGAACGGCGUCGGGGUGAAUCAAAACCUUGGCACCAGCGGCGGCGCGUAUCAGAACGGUUACAUGUAUCAGAACGGUGGUAACAGCGGCGGCACGUACCAGAACGGCGGCAACGGCGGCAACGGCGGCGGCAUGCUUUCCACUAUACAAAACAAGCUCUCGCAGUACAUGCAAGGUGGCAAUGGCGGCACCGCCGGCGGGAUGACUCAGAACGGUGGCGGCAACAUGGGUAACAUGAACAUGGGCACCAACAUGCCUAACAACAUGGUCAACACGGGUGGCAUGAACACGGGUAACAACAUGCCUAACAUGGUCAACACGGGUGGCAUGAACACGGGUAACAACAUGUUUACCAACACGGGUGGCAUGAACACUGGUAACAACAUGCCUAACAACAUGGUCAACACGGGUGGCAUGAACACCGGUAACAACAUGUUUACCAACAUGGGUGGCAUGAACUUUGGUAACAGCAUGGGCAGCACCAUGGGCAACGGCAUGAGUUACAUGAACGGCAUGCCCAGUGCGGCCUACAGGCUCCUGAAAAGGGCAGCAAGUUCCGGCCUUUUCAAGAGAGCUGCUGGGAUUUUGAGUGUCUGA